UACCCGCCAGCCACCCUCAACCUCUCCCUUUUCCCCUCCCUAUAGGGAAGGAAGAGAGCUUUCUGUUCGAUCAUCUUGCAGACGAUAAUCGGGAAGAGAGCGUUCUGUUCUAUCAUCUUAUUGCAGACCAUAUUCAAUAAGAACACCGUCAAACAGAAAUCAUCAUGCAAACGAUGACGUUUCCAGAAGAAUGCCUAGUCGACAUCAUCUCAUUCACCACUCCUACAGAUGUCUGCAGACUGUCCUCGAUUUCCAGGAGUUUCAAGAUGGCAGGAGAAGCCGACGAAGUUUGGGAAAAAUUCCUUCCUCCCCAACAUGAUAUCGACACGAUCCUGUCGCAGUCCACAUCUGCAUCUACAUCAGCAGCAGCUGCCGAAUUCAAGGUAUCCAAAAAGGAGCUUUACCUCGCUCUCUGCGACAAAUCAGUCCUCAUCGACAAUGGGAAGAUGAUAUUUUUUCUGGAAAAAUGGAGUGGGAAAAAAUGUUACAUGAUAUCUGCAAGGGCCCUUUAUAUUGUUUGGGCAGAAGAGAAAUCUAAUCAAUACUGGACAUGGAUUUGUCUGCCUGAGUCCAGGUUUAAGGACGUGGUUUAUCUAGAGAGUGUUUAUUGGAUCGAAAUGCAUGGGAGAAUUGAUAUGAGGAUGCUGUCUUCAUCCACUCUAUAUAAAGCUUACCUUGUGUACAAGCUAACUGCAGAGGCAUAUGGAUUAAAAGCUCCUGUACAGGUCGCAACUCAAGUAGGGCAUUAUGGAUUAGGUUACGGGGAUCUGGCCAUUGAAAUAUAUGAGAAUAGGCAGAAAGGGUUUCUUUAUCCUGCUAAACAAGUCAGUGGAGUUCGAUCUCCAAAGGAAAGAGUGGACGGUUGGUUGGAGAUAGAGCUGGGUGAGUUUUUAUGUCAAGGAGAAGAUGAUUCGCAGGUGGACAUGAUAUGUGUAGAAAUUGACGAUCUGUGUUGGAAGAAGGGUCUAGUUGUGGAAGGAAUAGAGGUCAGGCCAGAAAGAAAGGAAUACUGCGAGCGCAAAGGCAAGGCAAGGGCGAAAGAGCGAACCAAAGGCAAGAAAGCAAUGACCAUGAUCUGAUUAUUAAUCCACUACGUUAACGUUGUAGCUGAUUAUAAUAUUUCUGAAGAAAAUAAUAAAUAAUUACAAUAAGCCAGUCUAAACUAA